CUUCAGCUGAGGAUGGCAGGAGAUUCCCGAGUCCUCAUGGACCACAACAUGGAGAUAGGAGUCACGCCUGCGCAGGUGAAGAAGCUCCCUAAACACUUGAGGGAGGCUCAGAUCUCAACAGAGCGAACCCACUUGAUUUCCGACCCGGCAAAGAAGCCACGUCAGCGAUAUGUGCAGAAGGACGGCAAGUGCAACGUUCAUCACGGAAAUGUGCAAGAGACCUACCGUUACCUCAGUGACUUGUUCACCACGCUGGUGGAUCUUCGAUGGCGACUUAGUCUCUUCAUAUUCACCUUGGUCUAUGUAGUCAACUGGCUUUUCUUUGGCUUCCUGUGGUGGCUGAUUGCACUAAUCCGUGGGGAUCUUCUGCAUGCAGAUGAGGAGGGCUGGACCCCCUGUGUGGAGAACCUAAACAGUUUUGUCUCAGCCUUCCUCUUCUCCAUCGAAACAGAGACCACCAUUGGGUACGGUUAUCGAGUAAUCACAGAAAAAUGUCCAGAAGGCAUCAUACUACUUUUGGUGCAGGCCAUCUUGGGUUCCAUUGUGAAUGCAAUGAUGGUUGGAUGCAUGUUCGUCAAGAUCUCACAGCCAAAGAACCGCGCCGAGACCCUGAUGUUCUCGCACAAAGCUGUCAUAUCAGUGCGAGACAACAAGAUGUGCCUGAUGUUUAGGGUAGGGGACCUGAGGAACUCUCACAUCGUGGAAGCAUCGAUCAGAGCAAAGCUGAUCCGCUCACAGCAGACCAAGGAGGGGGAGUUCAUCCCACUCAACCAGACUGACAUAAACAUCGGCUUUGACACGGGAGACGACCGGCUGUUCCUGGUGUCGCCACUUAUCAUCUCUCACGAGAUCAAUGAGAAGAGCCCUUUCUGGGAGAUGUCGAUGGCUCAAAUUGAGAAGGAGGAGUUUGAGAUUGUGGUGAUCCUUGAAGGCAUGGUGGAGGCAACAGGAAUGACAUGUCAGGCUCGGAGUUCCUACCUAGAUACAGAGGUGCUCUGGGGCUAUCGCUUCACACCAGUUCUCUCCCUGGAGAAAGGCUUCUAUGAAGUUGACUAUAACAACUUCCACGAUAUCUAUGAGACCAAUACCCCUUCCUGCAGCGCCAAGGAGCUAGCUACUAAGAUACGGGAGGGGCCACUGUUGCCUCAGCUGUCGCUCCUCAGCCCUGAGCCCAAAAUGCAUACUUUUGACCCCCUAGACCGCCUGUCCCAACCGGACCCGCUCAGUCCGGAUGAGGACAAGGAGGAGAGAGAUUCAGGGGGUGACAGAGGAGAGACCAAUGGCUCUGCCGCAGCUUUGGAGGAGCCACCCCUUGUUGAUGGACUGCCUGACUGACGUAACUGAAGGCAGCAUCAGCUGAAAAACCCAGGAGAGAAUUGACAAGAGGGCAGGACAAUAUAAUGCUUCAUUUAGCCAAUGGCCAGCUUGUUCCAUUGCAAAGCCUGGAGAUACAAGACAUCUGUCUCCAGCCCCAACUCAUGCAAUACUCCUCUACUAGAGUGUCAAUCUAUAGUAUAGAUUGGUUUUGUAGACACGUAAGUACACAUAUACAGACACACACGUACAAUAUCUAUAUCUACACUUAAAGGUCGGUGGUUCAGAUUGUCUUUUUAUAAUCGCAAUGACCACUUACUGCUAUAACAGCUCGAGUUGUAUUAUGUAAAUUUGAGUUGAAACUGGUAGCCAUAACAGAGUACCAUUGGCUUUUUAUGGAUACUGCUAUAAUAUCACUCUAGAUUGUGUUGACUCACCUUCAUUUGAUAAGUCUCAUAACUCAGCUUAUGUGUCCGACAGCAGCUUCUGCGUUGUA